CCUUUCCGUGCAACAAAAAUUUGGAAUGACCUAAUUGAACACCUCAGGGCUAAGGUUGAAUUGAAGAGACGUAGGUACAAAAUGCGUCAUGUAGAUUCCUGUUUUACUGGAACUGACGCAGUUGAUGUUGUUCUUCAUUUCCUCCUCAAUGAUAAAGAGAUGUUCUCUUCUGAUCUCUCCAGGGAAAAGGCAGUGAAAGUAAAUACAAUUAUUUAUAAAUAUCAUUUUGAAUUUGAAUAAUUUGCAAAAUUAAGUAAUUAACAAACAUAAGCUGAAGACAAAUAACUCAUUUUUAAGUUGAGUCAUAAUUCAUAUUUAAUAUAAAUUACUUUUGUCAGUUCAUAUCUAUCCAAAAAUAAUUCUUUAGUUGUAGGAAUUAAGUUUUUUUUUUUAUGUUUUGGUAUCAGUCUCAAUACCUCUUUUUUUAAAUUAUCUUAAGGUUUGUCAGAUGUUAAUGCAAAGGAAAGUCUUUCAGUCAGCUACUGAUAAGCCAGAUACAGAUAAGGCUAUGUUUUUUGAAGAUAGCAGCAAUCGGCUCUACCAGUUUAUGGGAGAGCAUGUGGUCAAUGAAGAUGCUCUUGAACUAGAUGAAGAUGAUGGUGACUGUGGAGAUAUUCACAAUGUAACCCAGUCCUCAAUGAACGCAAGGUAUGUUUCAUGUUUAGACUUUGUCAUUCAUUCAGACCUCGUGUGCUCUUGCAUUUGGUGAGGAUAACCAUUAGCUUCUGCCCUGAAAGGUUAGGGGGUCUUCCAGAUAUCAAAUAUAUUCUGAUACAUGGAUGCAAGUGACAUAUUGUACUGGUUGUUUACCAUGGUCUCAUCAUUAGUCAGUAUUUAAAAUAUUUUGUAUCCAACCAUUUCAUGUUCUGCUAUUGAAUUUUAUUUUUUACUUUUCAGACAUGGUUAUGGUUCUUUAAAAAAAUGAUUGAUAGAUAAACCAGUUAUUUGUAUUUCAGAAAUAUAUCUUUAAUAUUGCUCUUUAGUUUUGUGAUUUGAACAAAGUUUUUUAUCAAGAAAUUUUUCCCUAUCAUAAAACACUGGUACAAAAAGAUCCCAGUAUAAAAAAUAAAUUUUAAUUAUUGGUAAGGGAUCAAAUGAAUUUUUCUUUUAAUAAACAUAUUGAUUUUGUAAAAAUUUAAAGAGUGCUGGAUUAAAAAAAAAAAAAAAAGUUAGAAUGACGCGUCUGUAAUAAUAUAAUAACGGGCUGGAUUUAUUUCUUUUUCCAAAGGCCUUCAGAUGGGUUUGAGCCUGAUGAUGAACCAAAUGCUCCAGAGCCAAUCUGCAAUACCAGACCACUGCGCGAGAUUCAUAACAACAAUAAGGACAUUGACUUUGCCAUGACGCCCGGGAGAAAAAUUAAAACUUUAACAGCCGAAGGUGGGGAACCGCUCUAAACAUCUCUAUUUAUUAUACUGAAAGGUGGUUUAGCAAAAGUAUUAUAUAAAAUCACCACGUUUUCUCUAAGGUUUUACUACUACUAGUCUUAAAAUAGAUACAAAUCUGUUAAUUAUUUUAGAGAGAACAAUUUUUUUCUUAAAAGUUGGAUUUUUUUCAUAAUUAUUUGUUUGAAAAUUGGAAAUUUUAAAAAGCUUUUUCCGAACCUCUUCACAGAAAUUGAUGACAUGUGGAGAGAAGUGGCUCUUACUCAGCUUCUUACUCUUGUGGAGUUAACUUUUCUUGAUGGGAUCCUAAGUGAAGACAAGCGGACUCAAAAGCAGCAGCAAAGAGAUCACCUCAUUAUCUCUAACAUUGUGGCUAGGAGCUGGCAUCUUCCACUCACCCCGAGCAGCCUCAACACACCGUCGGAUCCUCUGUUAAAAACAGCAAUGGAGUGCAUUGAAUUUCUACCUAAAGGUUUUUACAAAUUUAAAACAUCUAAGACUUUACCAACUUAUCAGUACAGAUCAUGGAUUUGAUUUUUGCUGAUAUAAAAUCCGUCUUGAAGUCAAUAUUGUCGUGUCAGGAACUGAGGUCUUAUGAUUUAUGAUGGCUGAUUUUUGCGCUUGAGAAACACUUAAAAUAUUUUACGUUUAAGUUAUUCUAGUUUACAAAUGUUUAUCAAUAACGCUGGAAAUGAAAAUGUAUAAUGUAAUUAAAACACAGUUCAAUUAAUUUGGAUCAAUUAAAGAAUCUUAUGUUAACGUAUCUUAGCAGAACAAUUAAGAUCAUUGAAAUAAAACUAAACAUGAACAAAAAAUUAUAACUGAAUGAAUAAAUAUAAUAUUGUAAAAGCCUGCAUUCACUCAUCUCCGCCUUUAACUCUACUGGAUUUUAUGUACCCCAGUUAUUGCAUUGUAAAGAUGUUUCACUUGAAUUUGAAAUUAUUCAUACAGCAAUUUUUACUUAAAUUUAAAUACCUUAUUAAACAAAAAAGUUUAACAAUGCGUUUUUUGGGGGUAUGCAAGAAAACAGUGAAAGUGGUUCAGUCCAUUAGAGUUACUCUCUGCCUCUAUAGUUACGUAAGAAUAUUUUAUGGAGUUCAGGGUAGAAGAGGAAACAUCCUUAUAACUUGAUUGCUCUUACUCUCUUCUCAGGGUUAAACCUCCUAAGUGAGCCAGUGUUCAAGCGGAGAGGCUUAGAAGCCAAAGUGUGGGCUAAAGAUAUUAUUGUCAAACACUUCACAAGUCAGUCAGACAGCCUACUGCCGCAGAAGUAUCUAGAGUUGCAUAUGGCUAUUUUAAAUCUUGUCCUUUCUGGCAGCUUUGAUAAUGGUAUGUCACAACGUCCUUGGGGAAAUUCGCCAUGUUUAUUAAAAAUUUCCUCACCAACUACGAUUUCAAGAAGUCGUCAUUAAUAAUAAAUAUUAAGUAACAGUUUACAAAAAUUCUAUUAAUAUUUAUCCAUAAUAAUUAAAAAUAAAUUCUUCAUAGUAUAAUUGUUAACUUAACCCUUCUGUUUUAUCUGUGUAAAAAUGUGCAUAACUUGCUUGAAGUGAUGUUGUAUAUUAUAGCAUUGUAUUUAUAUUGUCACACUAUUUUCAUUAAAAAAUUAAGAUAUUAAUUUUUAAGUUUGUUUUUUAAACCAGUGGAUCCCAACAAUUUUGACUCGUGUGGCCUUUUUAUGGAAUCAAUGUAACGGUGGGGGAGCCUCAUAAGCCCACCUUGUUUCUAAAAUAUUAAUAGUGUUUAGGAGUUCCCUGGAGUGGCCACGGCAGUCCCCAGAGAAGUGUACGCUAACCUUAGGGUUUUGUCAGACACAUGUUGGGAAGCACUGCUCCAAACCAUUUGACUUAUUUCAAUACAGUUCCUAGCACUGACUUUUUGUGUCAUAACAAUGACUUCCUUGAUUUUUUUCCAUUUCAUUUCAGCCUUAAGUGCCCUACAGCUCUAUAUGAUUCUUUUGCCUGUAGCUGCCAGGGAGGAGUUGUACAGACUGCUGAAGUUCAUGAGAUCUUUGGCUGCUGACACCACCAUUAGACUUGACCCAGAAGUAAGUCAUAAUUAUGCUCUGAGGUUUAUUCCAGGUCUCAAAUACUUGUGUUAAAUUUCUAAGGAUGAAAUGGCUCCGCUCUUUUAUUUUCAACCACUCUAAAAGACACAUUGGUUCUAAAGAAUAUGCUGCAUCUAAAAAAGAAGAGAAAAGACUUUUUGGAGGCCAUUAAGCUUAUAACUGAAACAUUAAUCCUAUUUGUGGCGGAUGGAAAGUCAUCUAAGAGUAGGUCCCCUGCGCAUGGCCAAAGAAGCAAUGUAAGAGUCUAGAACUUUGUUACUGUCUCCUAGCCCUUGGAACAAUGCUGAUGUGUACUGUCAAGUAAAAAAAAAAAUCAAGGUUUAAAAUGUUCGGUAUUCUUUAAAUUUUUUAUAUGCUGUUUAAAACUCCGUCCACAACAAUAAUAAAACAGUAAUAGGUGGUUUUCACUACAGAAAAAAAAAGAAUCUCCUGUGCACAGUUCGAAGACACUCUCAGCUCAUCAAAAUAAGCCCAACCUAUGUCUAAUUGUUAACAAUGUUCAGGAGUUCCUUGGCGGGGCAACGGAGCCCCAGAGAACCACAUGCUGACCUUAGAGUUUUGUGAGACAUCAAAUGUACACACUUUUUUUCAACACACCUCUGUGGCUGAGUAAAGUUCAUGUGAUAAAAGAGGAAAUAAUUAAAGGGAAGAAAAAACACUCACCCAAACAUCACAACCACGUGACCUGACUGUGACACUAUCCUGUUCAAUAUAUUGCUAUAUUUUUUCUGGGUUUUUAUGCCUGGUUUAAAAGCUCUACAAACAUAUGUAGUUAUACAUUUUCAUUUGAGUUAAUUAUAGCUUACAAUGAAUCAGUUUCACAAGCACCCAGUAUCAGAUUCUAAAAAAUAUUACAUUGUAUCAGUAAUCUUUCUUAUAGCACAUUUUUCUUAAAAGAAGGGGAAAAAAAAGUCUGUAAAUGUGUGCAAUCAAUCGUUGUAUCUUUCAGGAAUCUAAUGAAAUGGUUAUACUGAGGCUUCUCACAGACUGCAUCUUCCAGCACAAACUUCUAGCCUCCAAUGUAGCCCAGAAAAUGGUUCAGUUCAUGAUGAACAAUGCCGACCAGAUGUUCACGAUUCCACGCUACGUCAGAAAGAAAGUGGCCAUCAAACUGUACCAGCUCAAGACUGGGAAAGCCAUGCUGGACUGUGGUGAGUGGAUGAGUUAGAGUUUCCAAAGUUAACAUUUAAUUGUGUUCUUGACUUUAUAUAGCUGUUGCAUGGCUUUCAUAGGACUACUGAGUUUAGUAUUUUUUACAUAGCUUUUAUAGAACUAUUUUGUACAUAGCUUUCAUAGAACUACUGAGUUGAGCAUUUUUUUACAUAGCUUUCAUAGAACUACUGAGUUGAGCAUUUUUUACAUAGCUUUCAUAGAACUACUGAGUUGAGCAUUUUUUACAUAGCUUUCAUAGGACUAUUUUGUACAUAGCUUUCAUAGAACUACUGAGUUAACUCAUUCCUGACGGUUGCAACUAAAUGCGUCCUUGGGGGGUUUCUCCUGAUGUGUCCAAAUGCGUCCCGGUGCAUAGCAACACACCUCUCUUUUUUCUGGUUAAAAAUAGCAAUGAAAUCUCACAUCCCUCGAGACUUCCGGCUAUGGCUUGAUUUCUGCGUGAUUUUAAUUUAAAAAACCGGAAGUUUUUUAUCUUGUUACACUUUAAAACUACGUGUGCUUUAGAACAUCGCGUCUAUUUGUAGCAUGUGUUCGUCCGAGGUGCCAAAAAUCGAUUUUUUGGCCAUUGUUCAUUAUUUUUUCGCCGCUAAUGUUAUAUUUUUAUUAAACCGUAUUCAUUUUUUGAUGCAUUCGUCCUUAUUUCAUUAACAUUUAUUAUUAUUUAGCAGCUUUAAAAAAUAUUUUAAAAAUUUAAAUCAAUUUCAAAAAUGAGUUGCUUGCCUUAUCUCAGGAAAAUAAAUUAAGUACAGAAGUAGUACUGCCGGAGGGAAUGAGUUAAGUAUUGAAUCAAUGGUCAGUGAUGGGCAACAAAAUGAUACUUUGUAUUAUAUUUUAAGAUUAUUGUUAAAUCUCAGUCACAUCAGAUUUCUCAUGUGGUGGCUUGGUUGAUCUUUGAUUAUUCCCAAAUAAAUGCUUUUGAUGAAAGUAUUAUUUGAGGACCAUGAGUUUUAAAUGAGUUUUUAUUUUUUAAAAUAAUAAUAAUAAUAAAGAUCAUUUCAAAAACACGCUUCAUCCCCAAAGGCUCGAAGCGCGGUACAAAGUCAACAAAAAACAAAUCUAUAAUUUACCACAUUUAAAACAAACGCAACACUACAAAAAUUAAUUACAAGCAUACAAUGGCAAAGUCUUUCUACCCAUUUCAACCAUACGCAACACAGCCAUUAUGCAUUAACUGGAAAAUAAGGUUGAAAAUAAGCUGCUAAUGUUAUUGGAAUGGCCACUCAUGGUCCUUUGAGCCUCAAUAACGCAAGUACUUUGUUAUUUCCAGAAGCCAGCUACUGCAAUCGAGUAUCUAAGGAAGAGUUUGAGCGCCAGUCCAAGGACUGUACUGAAGUGUCCUUGAUUGAUUUGAUGAACACAGUACUGGAUGACACAAGCCUUUCACUGAAGGAGAAGAAGCACAGACUCAAACAGUUCCAGAAAUCUUACCCUGACCUCUUUGAGCAGAACUUUCAAGGCUUGCUUUGA